UCAAGGAAUUCUGAGGUAAUGUGGACAUCUGGACUAAAAUGGACCACCAUUACGAAAGUUCUAUUAUUAAUUUUUUCCAUUUUUUGACUAAGGAAGAGAUAAGUGGGAUACUUGACAAUUUGUGGAUUGAUGGAUUGGGAAGUGAGGUUCAUUAAAAAAUUAAAUAACGAAAAAAAAUCCCCAAUGAUCAUGUCUAUCAGCCAAUGGGUUUUCAAUAUUCUAAUGGACUCUGUUUCACCAGGGAUUUUUAUGGAAGAUUCAUUAAGUUGGUCAACAAUUUUGAAAUAUUUUUUUCAAAGCUAUUUUGCAUUUACAGAUAAUAAUUUAAUGUUUUUGAACAAUGCUUUUAUCGCUUUUGAUAAUCAUCGUAUUGUCUUCAGGACUCACAACUCUAGCAAGCAGCCCUGCGGAGACUUCGAUGGAAGCUUGUCACUCAGCCUUCUCUGGCACAGUUGAUCGGGGUGAGGGGAUGAUCGACGAUCAUCGUGAUCUUGAACGCCUUCAAUGUAUGACUUCACCAGAGAAUUGCGAUAUAAUUACUGCUUUAAGAGCCAAUAUUGAAGAAUUGAGUAGAGACAAUGUGGCAACAAAGAGAAAGCUCGCAGCAGAAAAAAAGGCCCGGGAUGCUGAACAGAAAGUGGAGACUUUGAGGACUAUUCUGAAGAAGUUUCUCAAUGAUGACCAAAUUCUUUUCAUGUAAUUUGACGGUCCGACCUCGAACACCCGACGUUGGUCUGAAGAAACCAUCCGGAAAGCAGUUCGAAUAUUGUGUAAAGUUCGUGUUGCUGGAUAUAAAUAUUUGCGGGAGAACAUUUCCCAUUACCCGCAUAUACGACGAUCUUCCGGAGGAUUUCUCACAUUACUUUUGGGCCAGGCGUGACACCUGACAUUAUCGAAUGGCUUGGAGGGAAAGUGGCUCAGGAUGAA